GCUAUUUAAACUGCACCAGAAGCUCGAACACUGGCAGUUGGCUGAGGUUCUCGACUGUUUAAGUUUUCCAUUCUUGGCAUGAAUUUGGAAAUGACUUUUGAUGACAAGAUGAAGCCUGCAAGUGACCAGCCUGAUCAGAAGUCAUGUGGCAAGAAGCCUAAAGGUCUGCAUUUGCUUUCCUCCCCAUGGUGGUGCCCUGUUGCUAUGACUCUGGUCAUCCUUUGCCUGGUGUUAUCAGUGACCCUUAUUGUACAGUGGACACAAUUACUCCAGGCAUCUGAUCUCUUAAAGCAAUACCAAGCAAACCUUACUCAGCAGGAUCAUAUCCUGGAAGGGCAGAUGCUAGCCCAGCAGAAGGUAAAAAAUGCUUCAAAGGAGUCAAAGAAGGAACUGAAGGAAAAGAUAGACACCCUCACCUGGAAGCUAAACAAGAAAUCCAAAGAGCAGGAAGAGCUUCUGCAGAAGAUUCAAAACCUCCAGGAAGCUCUACAGAGAGCUGCGAACUCUUCAGAGGAGUCUCAGAGGGAAUUGAAGGGAAAGAUAGACACCCUCACCUGGAAGCUGAAUGAGAAAUCCAAAGAGCAGGAGGAGCUUCUGCAGAAGAAUCAGAACCUCCAAGAAGCCCUGCAGAGAGCUGCGAACUCUUCAGAGGAGUCCCAGAGGGAUCUGAAGGAAAAGAUAGACACCCUCACUUGGAAGCUGAGCGAGAAAUCCAAAGAGCAGGAGGAGCUUCUACAGAAGAAUCAGAACCUCCAAGAAGCCCUGCAGAGAGCUGCGAACUCUUCAGGUCCUUGUCCACAAGAUUGGCUCUGGCAUAAAGAAAACUGUUACCUCUUUCAUGGGCCCUUUAACUGGGAAAAAAGCCGGGAGUCCUGCUUAUCUUUGGAUGCCCAGUUACUACAAAUUAAUAGCACAGAUGAUCUGACCUUCAUCUUACAAGCAACUUCCCAUUCCACCUCCCCAUUCUGGAUGGGAUUGCGUCGGAAGAAGCCCAACCACCCAUGGCUAUGGGAGAAUGGGUCUCCUUUGAGUUUUCAAUUCUUUAGGAUCAGGGGCAUUUCUUUGCAAAUGCGUUCAUCAGGCAGCUGUGCAUACCUUCAACAGGGAGCUGUCUUCGCUGAAAACUGCAUUUUAAAUGCAUUCAGCAUAUGUCAGAAGAAGGCAAAUCUAUUGCGAAUUCAGUAAAUCUAUAAAUUCUGGAGAAGAACAUGAGAAGAGCUAUGCUGUCACUCUGAAAUUUAAGCUACUCUUUAUUACCUGCGUGUAAAACAUGAUGACCUUGACAGCUGUCAUUUACCAGCUAGCUGCUGUUCACCUCAACAGAGAUAAGGACAAGAAGCAAACAGUGGGGAUCCAGCUGUUUGACAUCUUUGUAUCAAAAGUUGUGAGUUCAAUUGUUUACCCAUAUACACUGGCCUUGCCCCUCCCAAGCCUCCCAACCAACCUGCAAUCCUUCUUCCCUUUCUUCUUUUAAACAAUACCUCCUGCCUGACCUGGGGGAUGCUUUAUACAGUCUCCUCUACCUCAGUAUACCUUCUAUUGCUGCAUGAAAGACAGAAUGUAGAAAACCUUCUCAAGUGCAGAGCUCAAAGGUGAAACAUGCCUGAGAACAUGCAAAGAAAUAGAACUGGAAAGGAAGCAGGAAUUCGCAAUCCCUAAAAGGCCAUGGCUUGAUUUUUAUGACUGAGGUCCAUCUCCAAACUGCACCAUUUACACAUUUCUUUUCUUUUUAUUUUUUUAUUGUAUGUUUAUGGACAGUUUGCCUACAUGUAUCUGUGUACCACAUGAGUGCCAUUGGAGAUUAGCAGAGGACAUCAGAUUCUCUGGAACUGGAAUUGUAGAUGGUUGUAAGCUGCUAUCUAGAUGUGAAGAAUUGAAUUCGUGUCCUCUGGAAGAACAGUCAUUUCUCUUAGCCAUGAGCUAUCUCUCCAGGUCUUGUGAUCAUUUCUUGUUUCAGCUAUUUCUUCAUUUUUGCUCUACAAAAGAACAGUGUUAUAACUUUAACCUUUUAAAACAGCAUUUGCUAAAGCCAUAGAAUGUAUAGCCCCAAUUUCCCCUUAAAUUAUAUACGUUUUAUAGCCUCUCCUUGACUCAGAAACAGAUUCUUCCACUUUGAAGGAAGCUUUCCAUUAUUCUAGGAGUAAUAUAGCAUAUAUAUCACAUGUGUAUGUGUGUGUAUGUAUGUAUGUAUGUGUGUGUGUGUGUGUGUGUGUGUGUGUUCAGAUACAACUUUAGCCUAAAACAGUAUUUGCUAAAGCCAUAGAAUAUAUAGCCCCAAAACAAAACUAGAAUUUUUUUCCCCUAAGUUACAUAGCCUCUCCUUGACUCUGUCAUGCCAUACUAUGACUCAGAAACAUACAUGGCCAAAAUGGGCAAAAUUCAGUUCUUAGAAUCAUCUGAGUUGGGUAUAAAAAUAUUGCUCUCUUGGAACAGAUGGAUUUAGAAACUUCUACUAUCAGGGCCUAGAGCAUCCCCACACGUCACAGACUCUUCCACUUUGAAGGAAACUUUCCAUUUUUCUAGAGGAAAUAUAGCACACAUGUCACGUGUGUGAGUGUGUGUGUGAGUGUGAGUGUGUGUGUGUGUGUUCAGAUGCUAGAUACAUCCUUGCAAAGAUGAGACAUUGGCAGUUUUGUGUGUAAUGAGUUUGUAAUGAUCCAAAUUUAUGAGUAAUUUCCAUUGCUCCCUGUAGUGAUCAUAUCACCACAGCGAAGAUGAUGACGAUACCUGUCGCUUCUGCCCCUUUCCAAUGCUUCCUUCCCAGCACAAACACCAAUCUGAUUUCAGUUUGCAUUUCAUAGAGUUUAUCGUUUUGGUUUUAAGAGAGAUUCUCACUGUAUAGUUCUGGCUGGCUUGGAACUUGCUGCACACACCAGGCUGGCCUCUACCUUCCAGAGCUCCUCCUGCUUCUGACACCUAAGUACUAAGAUUGAAGGCAUGCACUGCCUUGUAUGAUUCAUACAGUUCAUGUGAACGGAAUAGCAUAACAUGUCCAGGUUUCUUUCAGUUCAGCUUCUUCUACUUGAUGCUAUUCUUUUGGUAUUCAUACAUCUCCACCUCAGUGUUUGUCUCAGUUCUUCAUUCUUUUUAAAUGUUCAUCAUUCCCCUGUGGGCACAUGUUGUCAUUUUUUUAUCAGUAUGUUUUUUGAUGCCAUUUGGGGUUUUUUUUUUUUUUUGAGGUUAUUUACAAAUAAAGCUGCUAUGAAUGUACAUGGACAAUUCUGACUUCUCAGGUAAGCACCUAUGAGAGUGGUGCCUGGAUCAUUCCGUGUGGGACUAUAUAUGGUUGGCCAUUUUAACCAUUCCUUUUUGAAAAUCCUAUGUUUUUUACUCUUGAAAUUGAAUUUUUAAAAAUUAGUCUACUUUGCAUCUCAAGCCUAGUUUCUUUCCCUUCUGUCCUCUCAGUCUUCCCUCAUCUGCCUCCCCAGCCCCAUCCACUCCUCUUCCCUUUCUCUUCAGAAAAGAGGAGGCCUCCCAUGGAAGUCAACCAGCCUUGGAAUAUCAAGCUGCAGUAAGAAUUGGUUUAUCUUCUCCUAUGAAAAUCUUAAUUUUUAGAUUCAUCUAUUGUAUAUGCAUUAGUACUUUGCUUUCACAUAUGUAUUGGAACCAUGUACAUGCCUAGUACCAGAGGAAGUCAGAAGAGGGCAUUGUAUCUUCUGGGACUGGAAUUACAGACAUUUUUGAGCCAUCCUAUAGACUCUGGUAACUGAAUCCAGGUCCUCUGGAAAGUCAGGCAGUGCUCUUAACCUUUGAGCCAUCACUUCAGGACUUUUAGCAAUUUUUACUGAUAUAUAACUGUAUACAAUUGCACUUUUACUUUGAAGUUUUUAAAUGGCAAACAGUCUUGGAUUUAUUUUCAUGUUUUCACUAUGUGUAUAUUUUCUAUAAUGAAAUAACUGAGCAUGUCUUUUGAGAAUUUUAUUUUCUUUAAUUUUAAAUCUGAAGGAUUUACAUACGUGAGAAUAAAAACAGACUGAUAAGGAA